AUGUUCCUCGGCUACACAGAAAAUGUCAAAGGUUAUCGUGUGUUUGACUCGGAAUUUGCCGAGGUAAAAGUUACGCGUUCAACGAAGUUGGAGGAUCGUGAAGUGGGCGGCAUCGACGACACUCGAGUGCUAAAUCCGGAAGCGGUCGUUGACGUGACGAAGGACAGUGAUGAAAUACAGAUUCAGCAUCAGGAAGAUAAACAGCCAGAUCUGGACGAACCCAUGGAAGGUGUUGAAGAUCCGGUCGCAGACGUGGAGAUGGACGAUGUGGAUUCUACGUUAAGCGUCAGUGCACAGCAGCUGAUGCCUCCCGAUCGCCAUGUUGAAGACACAAUGCAACUAGCAUAG